AUGACCAUCCCAGGCAAAGACUUGUUGAACAAAGAUGUCGAGGUCCGGCAGCAAAAUGAUAGCAGCAGCCUCAAUGCUGCGGAGAUUGCAGUCGAUCCCCAGGAACGAGCAGUAUUGUCCAAAUUCGACAAGUUCGUGAUGCCGCAGAUGGCGCUGCUCGUCCUUUUCGCUUACCUUGACCGAACAAACAUCGGAAAUGCUCGCGUGUUUGGUCUGGAAGAAGACACGGGUAUGAAAGGCACCGACUUCAACGACAUCUCCAUGUACUUUUAUAUCUCCUAUGUGGUCUUUGAGACGCCCUGGGUUAUGGCCGUCAAGAGGCUAGGUCCAGGUCGCGUUCUCGCCAUCGCAAUCGUCAGCUGGAGCGCCAUCACCAUCGGCACAGGUUUCAUCAACAGCUACGGCGAAGCCAUCGCCUUGCGAGUUCUUCUUGGCUUCUUCGAGGCCGGCCUAUUCCCCGCCUUGAUCUACGUCAUCUCAGAAAUCUAUCCUCCUGCAUCCCAGGGAAAGCGCGUGGCCGUGCUCUACAUCACCAUCGCGCUGUCUGGUGCACUGGGUGGGUUAUUCGCAUACGGUGUCCAAAGUAUGGGUGCACGCCACGGACUGUCUGCCUGGAGGUGGUUGUUCAUUGUCGAGGGUACAAUUUCGCUAGUCAUAGGCAUCAUCUGCUGGGUCAGUUUGCCGACGUUGCCAGAGACAGCUUGGUUUCUGAAAGACGAGGAGAAAGCCGUGAUGAUGCGCAUCAAGGAACGAGACCAAAUGUCUAAAGAGAAGACCUCGUUUUCCUGGCCACAGGUUGUUAUGGCCAUUACGGACCCCUUCGUCUAUCUUGCUUCCGUGGCACUGUUUUGCUCCUCAAUCGCCCUCUUUGGUUUCGGCACGUUUCUCCCUACUUUGCUGAAGGGUCUCGGCUGGGUUUCGAACAAUAUUCAACCCGACUACAAGCGCUCCGUUUCGAUUGCAAUGCUCAUCUCUCUGGCAAACGCUUCUGGCAUGGCCGCAUCCCAGAUUUACCCCUCAUACGAUGCCCCAAGGUACAUCAUGGGCAAUGGGGUGUCUCUUGGAGGAGAGGUUAUUGCAUUGAUUUGUAUAGGUUUGAUCUACGCUCUUCUAAAAUGGCGUAUGGGCCGUAAGGAGCGUCUACUGGCCGAGGGCAAGGAAAGCAAUGGUAAGAAUGGCGAUCAAGCGUUACACUUCCAAUACGUGUUCUGA